GUCACUUCAAAUGCUAUCCGCGGACGGGCGGCUCAUUGUCAGGAGAGUUGCAGCACGAGCAGGAGGGAGAGAACGCAGGUACAACACCAGCAGCAGCAGCAGCAGCAAUAAGAGCAGUAGCACUUCAACCACAGCAUCACAGAAAACUCACUCUACUGCCACACUCAGCUGAGAAGAUGGAAACGGACAGAAUGAGUUUCCCCCCAAUAAGAAGUCCUCCUCUCAGAGACGAGCUGAGACAAACAUCCAGUUUCUAUCUGGGCCCUCCUCCGCUCUACAUCAAACCCUCGAAAUUCUCCCCUCACAGAUACCCCGGGAUCUCACCCACCAGAGACACGUACAGCGCGUUCAGCCCUCCUUCUUUCUUUUCAAUGCUUGGCCCCGGUUUUACCCAAAAGGAAGGGUCUCAAAAACGUAAAAGAACUCCUUUCAAAAUGGACGACCAGGGAGGUGAAUCCCCAGAGAGGGGUGACGAGGAGGAGGAGGAGGAGGAGGAGGAGGACAGCCGGAGUCGGAAGACAGUGGAGUUAUCCCACAGUCCUUUCUCCCUCCCACCUCCUCACGUUUCCUCCUCAUCUCCAAAACUUGUCCCUGGUAUGAUCGAGCUGAACAGACUGCAGCUCCAUCACAGAUCCCCAGGCAUGAAUCUACCUGUUCAGGUGAAACAAGAACCUCUUAGCCCCUCUCCAGUUUGGCCUCCCUCUCCUCUCCUCCUCCACCCUCCAUACUUCCCAUCCCUCCACCACAGCCUCCUUCCCUACCCUUUCUUCAUGCCCGGCCCUGUUAUGCACCUCUCUCCUGGUUCUUUCUACCCAAGAGAGGACCUCCGCGCCAGGCAUCGCAGCCGAGAAGUGCCUCCUCGUAGCGGGAUGACCAGCACAGAAAAGCUUGGCCUGAAUGUCCACGUGGAUGACAGCUACUACGUCGAUGUGGGCGGAGACCAGAAGAGGUGGAAGUGUCGCAUGUGUGAGAAGUCCUACACAUCCAAAUACAACCUGGUCACACAUAUCCUGGGACACAACGGCAUCAAACCGCAUGGUUGCCACCUAUGUGGGAAGCUUUUUAAGCAGCUGAGCCACCUGCACACGCACCUGCUCACACACCAAGGCAUGAGGCCGCACAAAUGCCAGGUGUGCCACAAGGCUUUCACCCAGACCAGCCACCUAAAGAGACACAUGAUGCAGCACAGCGAUGUGAAGCCAUACAGCUGCAGUGUGUGCGGCAGAGGUUUUGCGUACCCCAGUGAGCUCAGGGCCCAUGAGCUGAAGCAUGAGAAAGGUCAGGAGAACGUUUGUGUGGAGUGUGGUCUGGAUUUCCCCACAUUGGCCCAGCUAAAGAGACACCUGACGGUCCAUCGCGGCCCCACCCUGUACCGGUGCACAGAGUGCCAGAAGACUUUCCAGUACCCGAGCCAGCUUCAGAACCACAUGAUGAAACAUAAAGACAUCAGGCCGUACAUCUGCAGCGAGUGUGGGAUGGAGUUCAUCCAGUCGCACCACCUGAAACAGCACACGCUCACGCAUAAAGGGGUGAAGGAGCACAAGUGUCGCAUCUGUGGGCGUGAGUUCACCCUGUUGGCCAACAUGAAACGCCAUGUCCUCAUCCACACCAACAUACGGGCCUACCAGUGCCACAUGUGCUUCAAGAGCUUCGUCCAAAAACAGACUCUCAAGGCUCACAUGAUUGUCCACUCAGACAUCAAGCCAUAUAAAUGCAAGCUUUGUGGGAAAGAGUUCAACAGGAUGCACAACCUGAUGGGCCACAUGCAUCUCCACUCAGACAGCAAACCCUUCAAAUGCCUCUACUGCCCGAGCAAAUUCACCCUGAAGGGAAACCUCACCAGGCACAUGAAGGUCAAACACGGCGUCAUGGACCGAGGGCUGGAUGAAAGAUUGUUUAGGCAAAGAGGACGAUACUGCCUGUCCUCUCCAAUGGGCCUCCUCACGCGCUUCAGCCAAGAGGAACCAUUUGAUCUUUCCCAGAAGCCCCCGGGUCUACCCGGCCUCCGACUCUCGCAGUCUGAUGGUGAGAGUGUCCCCGGAAGCUCGUGUCAGGAGGAGGAUGAGGAGAGUCUGUACAGGAGGAGCCCGUACAGCCCUGAAGUGGACCAACACGAGCCUGCAGGAGAGGAGCAGUACCCUCCUGAGCUGGAGGAGAGAGGACGGGGUUCUCCAGCUGAGCUACAACCAGAGGAAAAGAGACAAAAGUAUCAGGAUGGGUUAGAAGAAGAAACGUAUGAGAGGGGGGCAGAGGCAGAAGGGCAGCCUGGCGCGCUAAGAAGUGAACAGGAGCAUCUCCUAGAGCAAGAGGAGACAGAUUAUGAGUCUGAUUCAGAGUUAGGAGAGGAUCAUGAGACAGGCUUGUAUGAUUCUGACUCUGAUUCAGAGCUAAAUGAUCAGCCAGAGUCAGACCAGGAUGAGCAAAGUGAAAAGCAGAGUCACAACAUUAGUGGCAAGACGAGACAUGAGGCAGAGUGGAAUAAAGCAAGAUCAGAGACAGGUGAAUUCAUGGGAGCAAAAUUUGGGCAGGAUGGAGAGGAAGAAGUCAAAUAAUAUGAGAAAUCAGAGGAUAAGAAAGAGAAAGUAUUCAUUUCUAAAUAGACCUGAUACUAAGGAAGUGCUGUGUUAGCUUUACACAGUAUUAUGAAAGAGAAACAUAUCAUUUUGUAAGUAAAGCAAAAAAUGAAUGUUACUGACAUACAAAGCUGUGAAGCAUCCUGCAUGUAAAGGAUGUAAUAUUGAUAAUUACUGACCUGUCAAUAUGCAAUGGGUGUAGAUUUUUCUUUAGUCCUUUAUUGUCAGGGAAGACAGUUAAUGAAGUCAGAAACAGGGAUGAGAGAGUGGUGAAGACAUGAAGCAAAGUGCCAAGGGUCAGAAUUGAUCUCAAGCUGCCCGCUUUCAGGACCACAGCCUCCGUAUCCCAGGGUGUUACUUUUUUAUAAAUAAGAUAACAAUGAUGAUGAUUAAAAAAAUAGAUAAAAACAUUUUUAAUGUUAACAGUUUUCCUUCCAGAUAAUUUUGUGAUAUUGGAAACAAAUGUAGUGAAUAUUUUCCUAUUUUGUGUAAAUGCAAUACAAACAAAAGUGUGUCUUUGCUUGCUCCUCUGUAAAGGCUUCAACAUGAUUUUCUUUUUUUGUUUGUUGGUGGGGUUUUGUACUUGAAGUAAGGAUUUGGUCAAAUGCUGUAUUUGCAAAAUGUAAAAUAUUGGAUGUAUUAAGUGUAAUUUUUAAAUAAGAUUUUGUUUUACUUCUUUAUUCAGGGUUGGAUCCAGCGAGGCCAUAUUUAAAAUCUGACCUGCCACCUCAAAACCCUUAAUGAUGACUGGUUAAUUGUCCCGUUAGGGAAAGGACUAACUGUAUGCUAACAUCUAUCUGGUCUGUGAUGCAACAGGCUGUAGCUUUCUUUGCAUCUUAAUAUGACAGGUUUCCCUUUGUUUGCUCUUUUAUUGUGACUGUGGAUAUACAUCCUCUUUUUUUACUUUUAAGAAUAAAGUUUAGAUGAUUUACAAGCUGCCCCUCUGUUGUGUUGCUUUUGAAAAUCAACAAAUAUACAGAAAUAUUACAUAUUUUACAUACU